CACGAUACACGCGCUAUGGCUGCUGAUUCGGCGGACCAGCGUCUCGACCGUUUCGUCACGGAGAGCGAAUACUCAGUAGAAGAACAAUCGAGAUUAACGGGAGCCGAUGGACCGGGUGGCGAUGAAGCUUCGCCGGAUGAUGAGGGAGGUUCGCUCUGCGAGUACCACGAUAUACCACCACCUCCGGACGGUGGAUAUGGUUGGGUGGUGGUAUUUGCAUCGUUUAUGUGUAACAUGAUAGUGGACGGUAUUGCCUACACGUUCGGCGUCUUUCUGGGAGAAUUUGUUAACUACUUUGGGGAAGGAAAGGGCAAGACCGCCUGGGUUGGAUCGUUGCUGUCUGGAAUGUACCUCAGCGCUGGCCCCGUUGUCAGUGCAUUAACGAAUAAAUAUGGCUGUAGAGCAGUAUGUAUGGCAGGAAGUUUCUUAGGCGCCGCCGCAUUUGUACUUUCGACGUUUUCGAGCAGUGUAAAUAUGCUUAUGGUGACUUAUGGUAUUAUGGGAGGGAUUGGAUUCGGUUUGAUAUAUCUACCCGCAGUAGUUUGUGUAGGCUAUUACUUUGAAACCAAGAGAUCCCUAGCUACCGGCAUAGCUGUAUGUGGAUCGGGAUUCGGUACGUUCGCGUUCGCGCCUCUUGCGACCAUGUUACUGGAGGAGUACAGCUGGAAGGGAGCAAACCUAAUCCUGGCUGGCCUCAUCUUAAAUUGCGCAGUAUUUGGUGCCAUGAUGAGACCUCUGGAAUAUCCAAAAACUUCCUCGGUUAAACCAUUAUUGCAAAGAAUGGCUGAGGAGAAGAGAUUUCAAAUGGAACGUGGUAGUAUCGGUGGCUCCUAUUUUAUGGUACAAUUACCGGAUGGAUCCAUGGAAAAGAGAAUGAAAAUGCCCAUUAAUAUUGAUCCCGGUGUUCAUUCCAGCUUCAAUUUAGACCAAUUAGUGCCUGGAACUCCUUUAACACCAGUUCCGACGGUGCCAACCCUUCCCACCAUAUCUGAAGUGAAGGUACAAGAGCACUCUUCUAGUGGACAUACUAGCGAUAGCGGUAGCAUGGAUUUAAAGAACAUCUCCAACAAGUCCAAGAGCAAGAAAACUGUUGAUGAAACCAAAGACACAAAGGACGCAGAGAAGCCUGAGAAUGAGUUUAACAAGACGAUAAUUCCCAGAAACGCGUCGCAGCCGGCUUUCACGACCCACGUUCAAGGUUUGCCUAAAAACGGCUCCGUGCCAUUCUUUGACAGAAUCCGUAAAACGAGUACCAGCGAACGCUACAAGCCUAGCCUUAGUGCAAUAAAGAAUUCUAGGACAACGCUUAAUUCUAACGGAGAUAUAAGAAAGAGCUUGCAUCUGAGACUUUCCGCGAGCAGCAUGUUGGGAUCGCGAAAUAACAAUGCUGAGGCUGAUGAUGGUGAGAGUAUUACCUUUACUACCAGUAAAGCUAGUAUAGUCCCAAAGGAGAAACCAAUGGUGGUCCGUCCCUUGUCGAGAAAGGAUAUUUUCUACAGUGGUAGCGUAGUCAAUUUACCAGAAUACCAAAGCCAGAAAUCCCUCGCCAAUUAUCGUCAGAGUGUUGUAUCUAUUCCCAAAUCUGUACGUGGUGACAUGAAAGAUAUUGAUAUUGAAAAAGCGCAACAACAACCCUUGUGUCCUUGCUUGGUAUUACCCGAUUCGUUUAAGGAAGCUUUAGCGACGAUGAUGGAUAUGUCUUUAUUGAAAGAUCCUGUUUUUCUCCUAAUUGGUAUUAGCAACGUGUUUGGUAUGGCUGGAUUGUAUGUUCCUUUUGUAUAUCUGGUGGAUGCCGCGGUCUUAGAUGGAAUUGAAAGCAAUUCUGCAUCGUUCUUAUUAUCUAUUAUUGGAAUAACGAACACUAUAGGUCGUGUGGCUUGUGGAUAUGUUGCCGAUUUUCCGCAAGUUGAUUCCUUAUUGUUGAACAAUAUUUGCUUAAUUAUAUCUACACUCGCAGUAGCUGCUACGCCGUUUUGCCAUACUUAUGUCGCUUAUAUCGUCAUGAGCAUAUUUUUUGGGAUAGCAAUAUCUGGAUAUAUCUCAUUAACAUCAAUCAUCUUGGUGGAUCUCUUGGGAUUAGACAAGUUAACGAACGCUUUCGGCCUUUUAAUUCUAUUCAGAGGGGCUGCCGCUAUAGUUGGCUCACCCUUAGCGGGCGCUGUUUAUGACGCGACGCAAAGUUAUAGUAUUCCGUUCUUCAUGGCAGGGUUCUUCUUCCUUGUAAGCACUAUUACUAGUUUCAUGGCCCCUGCUAUGAAACGGUGUACCACACCGCAGACUCAACCUGUGAUAUUAGAUACAUUGACUCCAAUUGACGAAGAUAUUGAGGAAGAGAACGAGGAGGAUAUACCAGAGAUAGUAGAAACCGCGCCGUCACCCCUAGAGCCACCCGAGAAGGAGAUCAAGCAAAUAGAGUCUGUUUUAUAAGUACUUUCUCAUCUUUUUUAAACAGAUUAUGAAAAUCGCCUUCACUCCGAGCCACACUGUGAUAGGGCUGCUACUUUUGAAGUCUUAAAAAAAGGUACUUCUUUGUUACACACUUAAUCGAUAAAGCACAAAUUAGUGGCAUACCUGAUGGAAUUUUUAUCGUACUUACAGUUAGACUUGUACUAUAUGUUUUGUCAUAUUUUAUUUUGUUUUUUUUAAUCAUAUAAACGAUAUAUACGCGCGAAAAUACCAUCAGGUACAGAUACUUAUUGUUAGUUGCCUAUAUGUAAUAGUGAAUAAUAGAUAGAACGUUUUAUUAACCUAAUCAGUAUCGAUCAAGCAGUAUAUAUAAAGAAAAAAAUGUUAAAUUUAAAAAAUGCUCUUGCACGUGCAUAUCGAGUAAUCUUAUAUAAAUUAUUAAUCAGCAUUGUAGGAAUACAAUACUGUAUAAUUCGGCAGUUAUAUGGUAUGCAAGCAUACAAGGAUCGGUCAAGGUAUCGCUGAUUGGGCGUUUGUUUUAAUCAUGACGUAUAACGAUGUAUAAAUGAAUAUUAAUAAUCUACUUAUAUAGGCACUCUACUUUAUUAAUUGUAACAUAUUUCGCGAAAAUUAACUCGUGUACGAAACAACGACGAUGUUUUUUCUGAUCAACGUACGAUUGACCAUCCUUGAUCGAGAAGAUCCCACCAAUGACCUAUCGUGUUAGUUAAAUCUAUUUUUGGCCGCAUCCAAAGAUACAACUUGAAUUAUAUUCAUAAUUCAGAGAAAUAUUUUCUUGCAUACUUGCGACAAAUGUAUAUAUAUAUUACAUAAAUAUAAAUAUAUAUACACAUAUAUGUGUAAGCGAAAGAAAGAAUGUGAAUUAUUAACUUACACGCAACAAAUGUAUCGCUGUUGCGCAGGAUGAACUGUAAAUAAUUUAUAGAGAGUUCGUUAUACAUAUACAUUUAUAUAUAAAUAUGUAUAAAUGUAUAUGUAUAACGAACUCUAGAAUUUAAGCUAAAAAUAAAGCUCAUAAUUUCAAAAUUAUGGGUUUUCUGCACGCUUGAGUCUCACUGUGGGACCUUGCGCAAUUAAUGUAUUCUUCAAGGGAUAAUUAACGCAUUGUUAGAUAGACAAUUAAUAUAUUGAUUAUCCGAAACAGAGAAUUCUUAUUGAUGUGUAAAGACGCGGCUCUGCUACAACUAGUACGUGUAAGUGGAUUUAUAAGCGUUUAGUCGAUGAAACUGACUGUAUCGCGCAGGAUAGCACUUAAGAAGCACGUUAAGCAAUGCAAAACUAAUUUCGGGCCGACGUGUCUCGCGCGACAACCAAGCGCAAGCGAUUUGCGAGCGUUUCUCGUAUGUGUGCGUGUAUGGGAGUUACAUAUUGGAUCGAUGUAAUUAGCGUUCGCGUGAGAGAAUAUACGCCUACAUAGACAUACAUGUAACAAAUGUAUAUGCGUAUAUAUAUGCAUUAUUACAUGUGUAAAUCUAUAUGUACACAUGUGUAAAUCGAAGAGCUUGUUGUAAAUCGUGUUGAGUGGCAAAUGCACGCGUUACACCGCGUACAUUGUAUAUAGUAGGACGUCGUAACGUUUACGAUCGAUUACUAUCGGGUGCGGUCGUUGGUAAAGAAAAAUGAAAAAGAAGAAGAGGAAUUGUUGUUAUAUCAAUAAUGAAAACCAACAGUGCUAUUACACUAUUCCGCCACCGCUGCUCUGCUAUUGCUAAUUAUUACCACCUAUCACGAUUACAAUAUUACUGUAAUACAAUUUACGUGAACGCACGUUACUUACGUUUUGUUUUACAAUCGUGUGGGACAGAAGAAGAAGAAGAAAAAGAAGAAGAAG